CCGAUAUUGAGAUUGGAACAAAGUCGACAUGAAUUACACUCUUUGUGGUGUACCCGGGAGCUAGUAUGGCAACAGAAAUCUUUGACGUGGUCGUGGUCGGUGGCGGUCCUGUUGGGCUGUCGGCCACCUACGAAGUAGCGAAGGCGGGUAGGAAGGUAAUAGUUCUCGAGAAGAACAACUUCUUUAACCAGGCUGGUAGCUCCAACGACCUAGCCCGCAUGUUUCGCACUAUGUACACGGAAGAGUUCAUGGCGGAUCUGGCUAAGGAGGCUUUGGGACUGUGGGAUGCUCUCGAGAAAGAUGCCGGUGCGUCUCUUCGCUGGAUGAGCGGCCUCCUCAACUUCGGAGACAAGGACUACGGAGAAGACACGCCAGAAGGCACAUUAAUGGGGCCGGUUGACAACCUGAAGCGUCUCGGCAUGCCGUACCAAGAACUGACCGCAAAGGACAUCGAAGACCGGUACCCAUUCAAGGACUUGCCGCCUGAGUGGGUCGGCCUUUAUGCGCCUGAUAAUGGUGUGAUCAACGUUCAGCUCCUCCUUAGGACCCUGCUCAGCCUAGCUAAGGACUAUGGCGCCCAGGCGAAGCAGCAUACACGCGUGGGAGCGAUCCGCCACUGUGAAACAAGCAAUGAUAACGCGAUCUGGGAGAUCUACACCAUCAGACACGACGAGAAUCCCGUCCUUUACAAGGCAAGGAAGGUCAUCAUUGCCUCCGGCGGCUAUGUGAAUCAUGUUCUGCGGCCGAGCUUUGGCAUAUCACUCGACCUCGACAUCUGGGAGAUGGUUGCAAGUUAUUUCAACUCCAAUGCGGGGCCCAGCGGGACGAUAUUCCCUAGCAUGUGGUUCCAAUUUGCCCCUGAUAAGGACGGCAGAUCUCAGCUUUUCUACGGCUUUCCCACGGUGCCAUGGGGUCCCCCCAACGUCACCCGCAUCGCCGUAGACGCGGCCACGCGGCGGAUCAAAGAUCCAAGCGAAAGAUUGACUAACGUCGUCAACCCAGACGAUAUUCGCGACGCGCAGGAAUUCAUUCAUAAGCACGUCGUCGGCGUCGAUUCGACAGUCCCCGCAUUUACGUUGAGCUGCCUGCAAACGAACGUCUUUGAUAACAUGUUUGUCCUUGACUUCGUCCCGGACGAAUACCUUCAUGGUGGCCCUAAGGAUAGUGUGGUCGUCUUCACGGCAGGCUGGGCGAUGAAAUUUGUGCCUUUGCUAGGCAAGGCCUUGGCUGAUAUGGCUCUACAUGGCCAGUCGAAGUACGCGCUCAAGGAAUUCUCCAUCACGCGUAAGGACCCCAAAACAGAUAAGGGUAUCAUCAUCGACGAAAAGCUGUACCAGGCUACGAAUCAAACUUCCUUUGGUUUUGCCGGACAAGCAUCAGGUUCUUCGAUUAGGGGAGUCCAUAAUACGGGCCGUUAAACCCCUGAAAGGUCACUUAUUGUGCUAUCCUAUGAUGAACCCCCUUUGGGAGAUGGAGAAAGGGGUGAGUUAAUAGUAUAAAACUAUCACGUGUUUGAAUUGAAGAUAGUCACUACGAAAAUAUAGAGUAUUGAAUGGAG